UUCUUUUUUUUUUCCUCUUUCGAUCUAAACCCUAACAAUCAGGGGCCAAAAGAAACCCUAACUUCUCCGUUUCUCGCGGUGGUGAAAACCCACGGCAAUUCUCCCAAAUUGAUCAUCGUGAUGCGAAAUUGCGUUGGGGUUUCGGCUAUUGGGCUUCGGAUUCAGGCGUAAUUAAGGCUUGGGCCUUCGAUCUCCGCCUAUUGGUGCGGGAACCGAUGUUUCGUUUUGUGCUGAUCGUGAUCUUAAGAGCCCGUACGGUCGCUUAUGAUUGGGUGUGAAACCUUGAACCGCAGGGUUUAAACGAUUGGAUUGAGGAAAAGUUGAUGGAAAAUAGAGUUGGAAGCUCACAUGGAGCUCAGACCCCGAAGAGAUCGAGAUCUCUGGACCUCAAGAGCUUGUACAAGUCAAAAGCUUCGAAGGAGAGUUCGAAGGAGGCCUGGAGUAAGACCUUGAAGCGGAAAGGCAGCUCAGUGUACAGUUCUGGCGAGGAGAAUAGCAAGAAGAGGAUUAAAAAGGAUGCCCUUGUUAGUAAUCCGAAGAAUGCUGAUAGGAACAGUAAGAAGAGUUUAGCUGAACUGUAUAAUGGUGAUCUUGAUGCGGGUUUGAAGGGUUCUGGCUCGACUGAGAGAGAGAAUGGCAUUUCGCUUAGUUUGAGUGGCGAUGCGAUACGAAUCCCGAAAAGGAAACGGGGUUUUGUUGGGCGUAAGAAAGUUGAAGCUCCUGGAGCGGCGGAGCUGCCGAGCCAGUCUGCUAGUGUCCAAGGUUCGAGUGAUCAAGCCACAAAGUUGGAGCAUGAUGAUGCGGGCAAUGGGGUCAACUCUGCUAGUGAUAUGCAUGCAGAAUCCAUUCGCGAUACAAGUACCAAAGAAGACAGAGCUUGUCCAGUGAAUUUGGACCAGCAUCCAAAGGAGGAAGCUGAUCUUCCCGCCAAAAGUAACGACCCGUCGUUGAAGAAGCCCCGGAAGAAUCGCCGGAAGAAGAAGAAUGUGGAAGCGACUGCUGGAAAGUUUGUUCAGGUGGCUGAGCCGCUAAAUAAUGACUCAGCUAGGAAAUGCAAUGAUAUGCCAGAAGAGGAUGAGGAGAAUCUCGAGGAGAAUGCAGCUAUGAUGCUAUCGUCGCGGUUUGAUCCAAGUUGCACUGGAUUUGGAUCUAACAGCAAGGCAUCUAUGGCAUCUAAAUCCAAGCCUUCCUUUUCUAGUUAUGGUCGAAAUUCUGCAAGUUGUCAUGACAGGUCAGGUCCGGCAUCUUUAGAUGCAAAUAAUUGGAAAUUACGACCAAGGAAACAACACAAAGAAAGAGGGCUCAUGAGGAAAAGACGGCAUUUCUAUGAUAUCGUUGCGGAUGAAUUGGAUCCACUUUGGGUGCUGGACAAGAAGAUAAAGGUUUUCUGGCCUCUGGAUGAGAAGUGGUAUUAUGGGCUGGUAAAUGACUAUGAUGAGGAAAGAAAACUUCACCACAUUAAAUACGACGAUCGUGACGAAGAAUGGGUAGAUCUUAGAAACGAAAAAAUCAAAAUCUUGCUGCUUCGCUGUGAAGUCCCUGGUAUGGCUGCACGGAAAAAUGCGGCUUCCGUGGUACACAAGAGGAAGCAAAAUCUGAAGCCCACAAAGGAAGGCAAGAAGAGAGGUUUGAGUGGAGCUGAUGAUAAUGGUGUAAUGGACUCAGAGCCAAUUAUUUCAUGGUUGGCAAGAUCCAAGACAUCGACCUCUCUUGGUAUGAAGAGAACAUCUAUUUCCCAUGGGGUGAAGAAGCAAAAGAUAUCCCCUGUGUCUUUGCAUCCGGCUCCUUCCCUGUUGAAUGGUGACAAGGUCAGUCUCAAGGGAAGUGUGGAUGAUGGUUCCUUGAGAAGAAAAGAAAGGAAAUCUCAUCCAAAAUCUGCUUUAGCAGACAGGCCUGGAGGAAGCGCUGAUAGUGGCUUGAAGAGUGCCAUUUCUCUUAAAGAGAGAAAGCUUCCUAUUGUGUAUGUAAGAAGGCAUUUUCGCAAGUCCACAGAAGCCUUUUUGGGUAAAAAGGAGGAUGGUGAUUUCCUUGCAUCUGAUCUGACAUGUGGUGUUUCUGCUUCUACCGCCGAUAAAUCCGAGGCUAUUGACUGUGAUAUUUCUCUUGGAAAGUCAGAUCCUCACUGGUCUUCCUGGUCAAUUGCUGAUUCAAGCCUACAGGAGCUGAAUACAAUAUCAUUUAAACCAGGAGAAUGUAGAUUUGAAUUAUGUAUACCCAUUAAUUCCUUUUCGAGUCAUUCCUUGGGAGCCCGGAACCUCUGGUUGUUCCAUGCUCUGCCUCAACAGGGUAUGCUGAUGAUUUUGUGGCCAAAAGUUCAUCUGGAGAUGCUUUUUGUUGAUAGUGUUGUUGGUUUAAGGUUUCUCUUGUUUGAAGGCAGCUUGAAGGAGGCUGUGGAAUUCAUUUUUCUUGUACUGGCAUUAUUUGCUCCAAGUCAUGACGAGGAGAAAAACAUCGACAUACAAGUGCCAGCAACUUCAAUAAGUUUCAAAUUUGCUUCUGUUCAAGGUUGCAGGCGGCAGCUGGUUUUUGCAUUUUACAAUUUCUUCAAAUUGAAACCCUCAAAGUGGAUGUACCUAGACUUGAAGCUGAUGAGGCAUUGUCUACUCACCAAGUGGCUGCCUUUAUCUGAAUGCACAUACGACAAUAUCAGACUGCUCCAAAAUGGAACAAGCAGAUUACCUGCAUCUUCUCAGUGUGGUCCUUCGCUUAAGGGUUUGCAGAAGAAAUACAGGCCUGGAAAAUGCCAGUUGAGUGCACUGAAAGGUGGAAAUCACUUGAAUGCAAACCAUUCUUGUAAUUUUAAUCGCAGCUGCCGAUCGCUUCCUCCAUUUGCCCUUUCUUUUGCUGCUGCUCCCACUUUCUUUCUUGGCCUGCAUCUCCAACUUCUCAUGAAGCAUACUGUUUUUGAAGCUUCUGCUCUCACUGUUUGGGAACAUGAUUCUGCGGAACAUCCAGAAAAUGACGAAGCUGAUUCUGGGAAAACUGACAUUCCCAAUGAUCAUCCAGACACUAAUCUCCAUGCUUCUGGAGCCUCCAAGGCUUCCUUGAGUCUUGAUUUGGGUACUGAUGAACACUCAGAGAAAAACCAUGCUGAGUUGGAAAGGUCGCCUGGGUCUCCUACCAUCAGAGAUAUACCUCAAAAGACUUAUUCUAGGUCUUUGACGAAUGGAAUCAGUGUUGAGAUCCCGCAGUUUAAUCAAUUAGAAAAGCCAGUUGAUCGGGAAUUGCGGAGUCUCCCACAGCCUAAUGAUUUGGCUUCGCAUGCUAAUGGGGGAAUUAUUCCUAGCCCAAAUCCCACUGCUCCCAGAACAGUGUGGCAUCGAACCAGAAGUAGUUUGUCGUGUGGAAACUCUUCCCGUGGGUGGGCAGAUGUGAAAGUGGACUCGCUCCAGAAUGGCUUUGUAAGCGGACCUAAGAAGCCGCGGACUCAGGUUUCAUACUUACUGCCACUUAGUGGUUUCGACUUGAGCUCAAAGCACAGAAGUCUCCACCCAAAGAAUGUUCCUCACAAGAGAAUCAGGAGGCCAAAUGAGAAGAGGGCGUCUGAUACUGGGCGGAGGAACUUUGAUCUGUUAUCGUGCGAGGCGAACGUGUUGGUCAAACAUGGUGAUAGAGGAUGGAGAGAAUGUGGGGCCCAGAUAGUACUAGAGCUUGCCGAGCAGAAUGAGUGGAAGCUUGCUGUAAAAAUCUCAGGAAAAACACAGUUUUCUUACAAGGCACAUCAGUUUUUGCAGCCCGGUUCAACUAAUCGGUACACACAUGCCAUGAUGUGGAAAGGAGGAAAGGACUGGACUCUGGAGUUUCCAGACAGGGGCCAGUGGGCUCUUUUCAAGGAGAUGCAUGAAGAGUGCUACAAUCGGAAUAUUCGUGCUGCAUCAGUGAAAAGCAUUCCCAUUCCUGGUGUCCAUUUGGUAGAUGAGAAUGAUGAUAGUGCGGAGGGGAUGUUCAUCCGGAGUUCAACAAAGUACUAUAGGCAGGUUGAAACAGAUGUGGAGAUGGCACUGAACCCUUCACGUGUCCUCUAUGACAUGGACAGUGAAGAUGAGAAGUGGAUAUCUGAAAAUCAGAGUCCUGACGUCGGGGGCCGUAACUUCAAUCAGUUGUCUGAGGAGGUGUUUGAGAGGACAAUGGACAUGUUCGAGAAGGCUGCAUAUGUGCAGCAGCGUGAUCAGUUCACUCCUGAUAAAGUAGAAGAGCUUGUGAGUGGUGCGAGUGCGGGGCCCCUGGAGCUGACAAAGACCAUCUAUGAACACUGGCGGCAGAAGAGGCAAAAGAAGGGAAUGCCUCUGAUCAGACAUCUCCAGCCGCCUUCAUGGGAGAGGUACAAAAAACAAGUAAAAGAAUGGGAGCAAAUUGCAAAUAAGGCUAAUUCUGCUCUUCCUAAUGGCUGCAAGAAGGCCCCAGCGACUGAGAAGCCGCCUAUGUUUGCUUUCUGUAUGAAGCCGAGGGGCUUGGAAGUUCCUAACAAGGGAUCGAAGCAGAGAUCCCACAAGAAAAUGUCAGUUUCCGGGCACAAUCAUGUUGUUUAUGGAGGAGAUCAUGAUGGUUUUCAUGCUUACGGGAGACGAUCCAAUGGUUAUACUUUUGGAGACGAAAGGGUCAUUUACCCGGGCCAUAAUUAUGAGUACCUCGAAGAUUAUUCUCCACUCGCUCGAUUCUCAUCUCGAGAUGUAUCCAAUCAUGGGUAUUUCUCCAUGGGUAGUGAUGGCUAUUACUAUCCUGCUCUUCGCAAGAACAAGUCAAAGAAGUUUGGGUCUCUGAUAUCCCCCCAUGACAGAAGAAUAGCAGCUAGUUAUAGUCCUAGAGCUGCUACAGGAUGGAAAAAUGGUGUGCAUCAUAGGAAUUACCAGUUAGAAGCAUUUCGAGGACCACUGGAUGGUUCAGAGAUGGAUGAGUUCACCAUCCGGGAUGCUUCUGGUACUGCAGAACAUGCUCGAAACUUGGCCAAGUUGAAGCGAGAGAGGGCGAGGAGGAUGUUUGACAGAGCAGAUCUCGCCAUUCACAAGGCUGUGACCGCUCUCAUGACUGCUGAGGCAAUGAAAGCUUCUUCGGAGGACUUGAACGGCAGGGAGUAGGGAAGAGUAUGGAAGAACUCUGUCAUGGAAGAAGAUUGUGCAUAAUACAGUAUCUCUGCAUAGGUUUUUAGCGUGAACUGGGUCAAUUGUUGUGGUUGCAUUUCUGCCAAUUCAUUCUUGAUCCAGUGAUUUUGCCUUGGGAGAAAAGAAAUACCGGUGCUGGAACUUCCAGUUGCAGUUGCGCGGUGCAUCGAGUUUUGGGGGCAGUUCUCUGUACAGAAAUUUUUUUUCGUUGCCUCUUUUUCUCGCUUAGAUUUUUUCCCCCCUUCUUCCUGUCUUUUUUGACCUCAGUUUCAAAUGGUUGAGUUAGAGGUAGUAGUUGCACAAAAUAACAAAGAACGAAACGCCGUGGAAUUCAUUGCGAAGUACCUGUUUGUUAGAUUUGUAUUAACCCAAAGCCGUCUGAGGGAGAAGAAACAGAGGAAGAAGAGAAAUUUCUGUAAGUAUCUUAGCUUAUACCUUCAUUUCCCCAAACAGAGUAUUGAUAAGAUUCGAGGAAUUUGCUCUGCUUUCUCUCUGCAUCGAGCUUUAUUCUUGGUUCCAGCUUCUCAAUAAGAGAUGAUCCAUUGCAUCA